CUUCACUGCGGACUCAGACAAAGAAAUCUAAUUGUACCCAAACGUAUAUCGUGUAACGGACGAGACAUCAAAGAAUAUAAUUCAACGAUGUGUUUUCCAAACCAAUCGUCUUUCCUUCUCCUUUGUGUUUGUUCACCUACUGAUAGCGAAUGUCCGCUUUUACGCCAAAAGUUUAAACCGGAAGUCGCGUAGCUCGCCCUUGCUAGCUCGAUAAAAGGCUUGAAAUCAACCAGAUGGAAUUCCGUACUGCCUUCCUAACAGAUUCCUCACAUUUUAAAUUGUUUUGCACACUUUUUAGCUGGCUGCUCGGCAAACUAACAACCCUGGCGUGACGGCCCAAGUUCAUCGGGGCGGCUGUGAAGCGGGUCAGAAGCGGCGUAGACGUUCAAACACAACAGAUUCUUCCUUACUUGACCUGAGUGUGAGUCCACCAUGCCUCUGUUUGGUAAAUCCCACAAGACUCCGGUGGAGAUCGUCAAGACCCUCAAGGAGAACUUGGCCGUACUGGUUAAGCAGGACAAAAAGACAGACAAGGCGUCUGAAGAGGUGUCCAAGUGUCUGGUGUCCAUGAAGGAGAUUCUAUACGGGAGCAAUGAUAAGGAGCCGCACACGGAGACGGUGGCCCAGCUGGCCCAGGAGCUCUACAACAGCGGCCUGCUGAUCACGUUGGUGGAGCACCUGCAGGUCAUCGACUUUGAGGGCAAGAAGGACGUGUGCCAGAUCUUUAACAACAUCUUAAGGAGGCAGAUUGGAACCCGGUGCCCCACUGUGGAAUACUUCUGCUCACAUCAAGAGGUUCUCUUUAUCCUGUUGAAAGGGUACGAGACACCACAGGUGGCCCUCAACUGUGGGAUUAUGCUGAGGGAGUGUAUCCGCCACGAGCCGCUGGCCAAGGUGGUUCUUUAUUCCGAUCAUUUCCACAGAUUCUUCAGCUACGUGGAGAUGUCCACCUUCGAUAUCGCCUCCGACGCCUUCGCCACCUUUAAGGAUCUCCUGACGAGGCACAAAGUGCUCGUAGCGGAAUAUCUGGAACAGCACUACGAUGCGGUGUUUGCAGACUACGAGAAGCUGCUGCACUCUGAGAACUACGUCACCAAGAGGCAGUCACUCAAGCUUUUGGGCGAACUGCUGCUGGACCGACACAACUUCACCGUGAUGACGCGCUACAUCAGCAAGCCGGAGAAUCUCAAGAUGAUGAUGAACCUGCUGAGAGACAAAAGUCCCAACAUCCAGUUUGAGGCCUUCCACGUCUUCAAGGUGUUUGUGGCCAACCCCAGCAAGACGCAGCCCAUCGUCGACAUCCUCCUGAAAAACCAGACCAAACUGAUCGACUUCCUGAGCAACUUCCAGAAGGACCGCACGGAUGACGAGCAGUUCAACGAUGAGAAGACGUACUUAAUCAAACAGAUCAGGGAUCUCAAGAAACCGGCGUCCUAAAGCUCAAUUCUUUCUCAAUAGGAACAUGUAGAAACAAAAAAACACAUUAACUAUUUAAACAAAAUCAAGAUAUUUGUAUUUGCUCUUUUGCUCCACUAAAAUGUGUGCAAGAAUAGUUCUCAAUCACUUUUCUUUUGUAUUUCAUGUUUUUUGGUCAUUAGCAUGUAGCAUUCAAUCACCUUGAUCAAAUUCCGUCACCGCUUACUUGAUGGAAGGAAGUAUGUGGUCUACUCAUAAGAUACAAGAACCGUUUACAGCUGGAUGCCAUCUUACUAAACAUACGCCAAAUGUUGCCAACAACAACUCAAUUUGCAAAUGAACGGACACUCCAUGUUGUCAUCUUUCAUCUUCCUGCGGCGCCUUUAGCACUUUUAUUUGAAAUGGAUGUUCGUUUAUGGGUUCCUCCCUGUUUUUUCUGAUUUGGAUGAUUUUGUUCAUGUCGUGUGGAAGAUUCAGAAGUGCCAUUUUAAGUUUGCAGUGGGCUUUAUGUUUUGUAUCUCUCAAGGAAGGAGCUUCAUUCUCAAGACUCUAGAUUGCAGAGUUCCAUUCUCCGAGACGGUGAGUAGUUCUAAUUACAGUGGACUGUAAAAAAAAAAACAUCACAUCCUGAAAAUGGAGCUACAAAAUGUGCAAAACCAAUAAAAGACAAGCUUUAAGGGA